GCCAUCUUCAUUCUGACAAAUGACACUGACAGUCGAUAGUGACAUAAAAAUAAUAAUAUAAUGACGUGUUUUUAUUUUUCAGGGACAUCAUUUUUUAUUUAUCUCAGGAAAUAGGAAGGUGAAAUAUAAAUUUUACAGUUGUUAUUAGCCUUAUUAUUGUUGGUUAAUUAGAAUUUUGUCAGCAAGUUAUAUUUUAAUUCUUGUAUAGUAAAUAUGGCAUAUGUAACAGGUGGACAAGUUCAAGAAAAUCCUCCAUUCACUAAACGGAUAUCCAAAUUUUUUGAUAAUGUUGUUAACUUCUUUAUGCAUUUUUUCAUUACAUUGAUUCCCAUUGAAAUGAAUUCUCAAAGUUCAAAUUCUUCAGGCCAAUCUAGUUCCUUCAGAGGUAGUGGAGGUGGUAGUACAGGUCGUGGAGGCAGUAGUUCUUGGGGAAGUGGACGACCUGGGCCAGGAGGUAGUGGUGGAAGUGGAGGAGGCAGAUUUAGAACCUUAGGGGACAUUAACCCUCCCACAGUUGGUGGUUGUCCUGGAGGAGCAUGUGGCAUGUAAAAGCAACAAUAUUCAAGUUAACUAAAGUUAUGUGAUUACUGUUCUUAUUUAAU